GACAGAUUAUUUUAAACGAUUCAUUUUAUUUUCUGAGUGUUUGAUGCAUUUAAAAUGAAACAUUGUUAAUGAAUCGAUCCAUUCAUGAUGAAUCUGAGAAAAUUUUGUUGACAAAUGCUUGAGAUAUUACAUAAAUUAAGAAAGAUAUUCUUUAGUGCCCAUAAAGUUUAAACGCUCAGUGACUCUAUCACAGUAAUCAUAUUAUUAAAAAAAUGCUUUGUUUCAGUAAAAAAUAUUGUUAUAUUAAUUGCAGAUUAAUCCUUUACACUUUAAUUUAAAACAUAAAUUCUACGAGGGGUAACAGAAAAUUAGAGAGAUACAUAUCACGUUAUGACUGAAGGCCUUUAUAAUAUUAUGAGUGAAUUAUAUGACUAUCAAAAUUUGAAGUUUUAAAAUAUUUUGCUGAAGAAUCUAUUAAAGUUGGAAUUGCAUAAAAUAUUUAAUUAUUAAAAUUUUAACGAACACUAAGAUUGGCGAACCGGCUGGUCGCCAAAGGCGGCUAGUAUAUAUAUAUAUAUAUAUAUAUAUAUAUAUAUAUAUAUAUAUCAUUUAAUAUUUUUAUACUCAUUUUUAUCUUUGAAUCGAAUGAAAAAUAUCAAUUAUGUCAAAAAGUAAAAACGCUAUUCUGAAUUCAAAUUAAUAUACAAUAUGCUAAUUUGAAUUCAGAAUCAAGUGUAGUUGCCUCAAAAUUUCCUUUGGUUAAUAUUUUAGUAAAAAUAAUUUAGAAUAUAAUAUAGAACGCAGGAAACAUCUAAAAUGAAAAGAUAUACAAGAAUUAAUGCUAAUAAUGCUUUAUGCAUUAUGCCAAGGAAAGCAAUAGCAUCUUUAAUGUUAGUUAUGGCUAUUUUAACAAUUUUUUCAUUUAUAUCCAUUGAAAUAAAGCGAAUUAUUUGGCUAAAAAAUUUAGUUAAGCAAAAAGAUAUCGAAAUGCAACAUUAUAAGGAUGCUUAUGAGCAGGUUUUUAAUACAACCUUCAAAUCGAAUACAUCUGUAGAAACUGCAUCAAAGAUCACGAACAACACAUUUCUUCUGACUAUUGACUGGAAUGCCGAAAUGGUUGAUGACGUUUUAUCAGAAAAUCCUUUAUGUAGUCAUAGACUAUUUCUACUAGUUCUUGUGGCAUCAGCUCCUGAAAAUUUUGAACACCGAGACACCAUCAGAAAAACAUGGGCUAAUCCAAAAAACAAAAGUCCUACCAUAUCUGGAUUGAAAACCAAGACUAUAUUCUUGAUCGGACGCACUUCUAGCCGUUUCUUAAAUGCUCUUCUGAAAACUGAAAAGGAAAUCUCCAAUGACAUUCUCUUAGGUGACUACCGCGAUACGUAUCGCAAUCUGACGCAGAAAGUUGUUCAUGGUUUGAGAUGGGCAUCAUCGCAUUGCCAAUCCUCCUACACUUUGAAAACGGACGAUGACUGCUUCGUCAAUGUGCCUCUUCUUUUGUAUUUUCUGUGGAAGCAUAAUCCUAUAGAGUCGAAUCUAUACGCGGGACACGUACGUUGGUCAUCUCCUGUGAUACGGAAUCCUAACAGCAGAUGGUAUGUCUCAGAAAGUGAUUUUCAGGGAUCUCGGUUUGUGCCUUAUGUAAAUGGUGCUGGAUAUGUUUUGAGUUUAGAUGUCUUGAGGAAGUUUGUGAAAUUCUCUGGCCUCAUCAAGUUUUUUCCCAAUGAAGAUGCCUUUGUGGGAACUGUUUUAAAUAUGGCAGGCGUAAGACCAACUUACAGUGCAAGAUUCGUUGCUCAUUCUGCUGCGUGGCAAAUGUGUAAUUUCUUAUAUCUGUUUGUUGUCCAUCAUGUAAAACCGACACGGCAAUUUGAAUUCCAAAAAUUUGCAAGUGAAGCGUGGGAAGAAUGUUCCUUAAGUGAUAUGGCUCAUGAUUGGGUUUAAAAGCAAAACCAGUAGAUGACAAUAUGUAGCAUUAAUUCUUUUGGAAGAGAUCAACAAUUUAAUUAAGAUUAUCGCUAGAAACCUUUAAAAACAAAACUAAUACAGAAUGCAAUUAAUCAAAAUUUCGAUUUGAAAGUUGUCACGAUUUUAUUAUUUGAGAGGUAUUUCAAACAAUAAUUGAAUUUUAGAAUAAAAAAAUAAAUUUUGGAGCUCUUAUGCAGAAAUAUUUUAAUUCCAGAACUCAAAGUAAAAGAACAUCAGAAAGUUAUUCAUUUCAUUUAAAUUGCCAAAGUCUGAAUAAAUAAAACCAUCCGAAGAAAAUAUAAAAGUUAAAAAUACAUUAAUCAAAUUUAAAGAAAAUGGUUCUAUCUUCAGAAUGGUUGUAUCAAUUAUAAUUUUAUCAAUUAGGAGAAUCAAAAACAACAAAAUUCUGUAUUUAAAAAUAAAUCUAUCAAAAAUUGAAAAGAUUUGAGAAAAAAUUUCACACAUGUUUCGAGUGCUUGUAAUAAUUUUUCGAGAGUGGAUCAGUCAUUAAGUUAUUUAUAUUUCGGGGUAUUUGUUCCUCUGUUCACAGAAGUGAUGUUUUUGGAAGCAUUAUAAUGCAAAAUUUCUUUCUUGUUACAAUUCCAAAGAUUUUAGAUGAUCAAACUAUAAUUCGUUACAUAGAUGUUAUUUAUCACAGGCGUUCCACCCUGCAAGCUCUCGACACAUUAAUGGUAAAGGCUAAUCUCUUACAGAAAUUAUCAUUGGUUUAAAAUUUUAUUUAAAAUAAUUUAGGUCCUUUUGAAAAAAUACAAUUAUUGAUUUUACAUUGAUGUCUUAUUGCAUACAUACUGUUUGCCCACUUCAAUUAUUUUUUUAAUUAUGAUGUAAUUUAUACUUGUCACAAUUUUAUUAUUGGGAGAAUGGGCAUAAUAUAAAAUUAUAGUAAAUCCACACUCACUAUAAAUCUCGAAAAUUAGAAUUCAAAUAUUAUGUCUAGUAAAUUUUGCCUGAACUUCCAUUUCAAGGUAUUAUAAAACUACAUAAAUGAAGUUGUAAUACGUUUUUUUAACUAAGUCAUCUAUAUACAGGGUGUUGUUUUUUUUAACUGACGGUACUCAGAGAUCUCUGUAGCUUGAACUAUCAGCCUCAAAGCCACCAAAUUUUGUUCGGGGACUAUUGACGAACGUGGAAGAAAGGAAUCCGCGAGAAAAAAAAAUUAGUUCCAAAAGUUGCUGAUAGGGGAAAAUGUAGCGCUUUACACUUUAAAACAGCUAAAUUUUUUUUAUAAAACACGGGAAAAAAUGCAAAAUCCCAACAGAUGCAAAGUCGACACCAGAACCAGUUUUUUUUUUUUUUUUUUUUUUUUUUUUGUCGUGUGACUAUUUUAAGCCAAAUUUUUGCGCAGUAGCUUCUGAGGAUCGACCCCUGAGCACCCAAGAGCAGAAGUCUGACUUCUAGCUCAAAUGAAGAUAGCACACACACACUCGCUUGCACAACCCCUUUUUACGGGGGGGAGGGGCUCAUCCACACACCUCACAGAGAAAACAGAAGGAAGAGAACAACCAUGCCUGAACCAGGACUCGAACCCGGAACGCCUAGAUCACGGGGAAGACGCGCUACCCCUAGGCCAGGACGCCGGCAGCCAGAAUUUUGAGUUAUGAAAAAGAAGCGGGGCAUCGAAAAUAUUUCAAGUAUCAGUUGAUUUGUAAAAUGCUUCUCAUUUUAGCACAGCGUGCAUUACUUGUGAAGCUUUUUUAUUUUAAUCAAUCUAAUGCAGUGGCCACUCUUCGCGAAUUUAAAAGUCGAAACAAUUUACGUAAAGGACCUCUAUCAAUUAAGGCAGUUAAAGCAAUGAAAGCAAUGAUUAAAGAAUUUGAAAAAACUUGCUCUCUCGGAACUCGGUCUAGUAGAGGACGGAAACCGGUAUCGGAGGAUACGAUCACAAAUGUUACGACUACAAUCGUUGAAAGAAACCAGACGAGCACUGCGGGUAAUAGCACACAUGGAGUUGCCCGACAACUGGAUGUUACUGCUUCAACAGUAUGGAAAGUUUGAAGAAAAAUUCUUAAACUUUAUCCAUAGAAAAUGAGCCUUUUGCAUGAAUUAAAACCUACAGAUUACGAUCUUCCAUUAACCCUUACUUUGACAUUUCUUACCAGGAUGGAGGUCGAUGAGGCUUGGUCUUGGACAAUUCUCUAGAUGAUGAGCCCAUUUUUAUUUGAAUGGGACUGUUAACACUCAGAAUUCUAGAAUUUGGGCAUCUGGACAACCCCAUGCAUUUCAAGAAAUCAUUCUCAAAAAGUAACUGUUUGGUGUGGUUUUGCAGCAGAUUUUAUCAUUGGACCAUACUUUUUUGAGACUAUUACCCAAGCAGGGCCGCAGACGUGUUCCGUAAACGCUCAAAGAUAUCAUGACAUGCUGAGUAGUUUUGUUAUCUCACAACUUCAGCAAAGGCAAUGCUUAGAUAAAAUUGCCUUUAGGUAGGAUGGGGAACCACCACAUAUUGGUACAUCCGUACAUAAUUGUUGCGCCAUCACUUUACAGAAGAAAGAGUCAUUAGUCGCUGUUUUCGUGUUGCAUGGCCACCUCACUCCCCAAAUCUAGCCCCAUGUGACUUUUUUCUGUAGGGUUAUUUGAAAUCAAAGGUUUAUCUUGCUGGAGUCUCGAAAAUAUCAGUUUUAAAGGAAAACAUAACACGGACUGUUAUAAACAUGCCUCCUGAAAUAUUGCAUUCAAUUAUAGACAGUACGGUGUACAGAAUGCAAUGCUUAGUCCAAGAAAACGAAGGCCAUAUUGAAAAUAGCCGAUGUCUUCUAAAGGGGAGCGAUUCUACUGAAUAAAAACAAUAGAACAAAGAAUUAAAAAAAAGUGAAAUAGAAUCUUUUAUAUUUUUUUUUAUUUUUUUUAAAUUUGUAACCAUUUACAGAAGUUAUUUUUUCGAAUAAAGCAUAUUUGUGGGAAAAUUAAUUCUUUGUUAUUCAUUUAUUUGUUUACUGUAGCCAUUUAAAAUUUUAUCGUGCAGUUAAACAUAAAAUUUCGAUCAAAAGCGCCACAUUUCUCCAAUCGGCAACUUUUUGAACUAAUUUUUUUUUUUUUUUUCGCGGAUUCCUUUUUCCCAUGUCGUCAAUAGUCCCCGUACAGAAUUUGGUGGCUUUGCGGCUGAUAGUUCGAGCUACAGAGGUCUCUCAGUACCGUCAGUUUAAAAAAAACCCACCCUGUAUAUUAAUGGACGAGGAUACAUAUAAAAUAGCUGCAAGUGACAAUUAAUUAUUACAGGACAUUACUUUUAUUUCUUUUCAUGGUAAUUAUAAAAAGUAUUCAUUUUUACGACAAAUUGUAUAAUUAAUGUUCAUUGAAUUAAAAUAUGAGAAAAAAUACUAAUUAGCAAGACCCACUAUUAUCCAACAGCAAUAUUAUAUGUAUUUGUCAAAACGUGUAUCCUGAAAACAUGUACAAUCCAAACAAUAAAUUAUUGCUGAAAUAAAGAUUCAAAUAGGUAGAAUUAACUUUCAUUAUUUAGAAACAUUUUACUUAAUAUACAAAGUAUAAGCAAUAUAUGGAAGA